GUCGCAACGUAGUACGCGCCACUUGACAGGGUGUACACCUAGUGUUCUUUGGCCCCUCCUGCAUGUUCAGCGUCAAAUUGCAUAUCGUUGACGCUUGCGCUCAUAGCUAAGCUACAAAUGCAUCAGACCUCAUUGACGCUGUAUUUGUGGAAAAGUUUCCUUGUAAAGCGCCGUUGCAAUAUAUGGGCCUAUAAAGUCUGCACAGGUUGUCGGGUAGUCGACAGCAUCGUCUCCAAGUCCACUAUUGAAGCCUGCUCACAGCCCCUCCCUCCCUCUUUCAGUUGCAAGGAUGUUCUCUACCAAAUUCAACGUUUUCCUUGUCCUUGCCAUCACGAUAUCCCUCCCUGUCAUCGCCGCACCUACGUGUGGCUCUCAAACUACAGACGUCGACACCGACGAAACGAACUCCGGUGACGGGACCUGGUUUGAGCCCGGGCUCGGCGCGUGCGGUUUCACUAACUCCGCAAGCGAUUUUAUCGUCGCUGUCGCUGAAGGAUUCUUCGACACUUACCCAGGUUACAAUGGUGUUAAUCCUAACGACAAUCCUAUUUGCGGCCGGCAGAUUACUGCCAAUUACAAUGGCCAGAGCGUCACCGUCGAGGUUGUCGAUCGCUGCACUGGCUGCAGCACAUUCGACCUCGACUUCUCCCCUUCCGCUUUCGAGGCGCUUGCCCCCUUGUCCGUCGGCCGUCUCCACAAUGUGGAGUGGAGCUUGGAUUAGAUCACGAUUAGACUGUGUAUGACAACUGAAGGCUUUAUAUUGGGUGGCGCCGAACGACUACAACAACAGGGAACAUGGGUGUAUUAUUCUUGUAUUACUUCUGUUAUUUAACCCGUAGAAUGUACUCUCUCUAGAAUGUACUAUAGAUUGCUGUGUACUAGCUAGGAAAUCAGCUCAUGGCCGUUGUAUAGAUUCGACUUGUU